UCUCAAGCUGCAGCUCCUGAUCCUCUCUCUCUCAAUAAAGAUAGAGCUUUACCCAGACUGCACAUUCCUUCCUCUGUCCCAGAUCUGAUUUUUGAAGAUAUGAAGAGGGAAGUUUUAAAAUCAAGAGACGAAGGGCUUAUAACCGAAACAUUGACCCUCCUGCUCCUCGGAUGCUGCCUGACUCCCCUGUGAUUUUCCAGUGCCACAUUUUUCGACUGACUCUCCAGCAUCUCCGGUCCUCACCUUGAUGUCAAUGUCUGACAGUCACUCAAUCCACUGGGGCCAGGAAAGAUUUUCGUCCGUGAUUUCUGAGAGAGGAAUCGAAGCUUUUUGGUUCCUGUCUGAGUAUGUUUUCAGCGUCAGUGGGACUGGAUGAGAGACCCCACUGUUGCAGCGCACUGUGUGAGGAGCCUGAAACAGUUAUACGGCCUGGGAAGGGGAUUUCACGGCAGGGAGGGGCUCUACACGUGUUUGUGUGCAGCUGAAGCUUUGGCCAUGGACAAACCCGAGGAAUCCCGCCCUGUGGAGAAACCGUGGAAGUGUGGGGACUGUGGGAAAGGCUUCCGUGUCCUGUCUGCCCUGGAGACUCAUCGGCGCAGUCACACCGGGGAGAGGCCAUUCCCCUGCACCGACUGUGGGAAGGCCUUCAGACAUUUCUGCCACCUGCUGGCCCACCAGCGGGUCCACACGGGUGAAAGGCCCUUCAGCUGCCCUGAGUGUGGGAAGGCCUUCAGCGAUUCCUCCACCCUGCGGACCCACCGGCGUGUCCACACUGGGGAGAGGCCCUUCAGCUGCCCCGAGUGCGGGAAGGCCUUUACCCAGUCCUCCACCCUGAUGAGGCACCAGCGUGUCCACACCGGGGAGAGGCCGUUCACCUGCUCUCAGUGCGGGAAGGGCUUCACCUGGUCCUCCAACUUGCGGAGCCACCAGCGGAUCCACACCGGGGAGAGGCCCUUCAGCUGCCCCGAGUGCAGGAAGGCCUUCAGCAAUUCCUCCGCCCUGCUGAUCCACCAGCAUGUCCACACCCGGGAGAGGCCAUUCACCUGCUCUCAGUGCGGGAAGGGCUUCAUCUGCUCCUCCACCCUGCUGACCCACCAGCGGGUCCACACCGGGGAGAGGCCGUACAUCUGCUCUCAGUGCGGGAAGGGCUUCAUCUGCUCCUCCACCCUGCUGACCCACCAGCGGGUCCACACCGGGGAGAGGCCGUACAUCUGCUCUCAGUGCGGGAAGGGCUUCAUCUGCUCCUCCGCCCUGCUGACCCACCAGCGGAUCCACACGGGGGAGAGGCCCUUCAGCUGCCCCGAGUGCGGGAAGGCCUUCAGCACAUCUUCCUCCCUGCUGAGGCACCAGCAGAUCCACACCAGGGAGAGGCCGUUCAUUUGCUCUCAGUGCGGGAAGGGCUUCACCCGCUCCUCCCACCUGCGGAGACACCAGCGAGUUCAUGUUGGACUGAAGGGGCCGUACAGCUGCCCUGAGUGCGGGAAGGCCUUUACCCAGGUCUCUGGACUGCUAAACCACCAGUGGGUCCACACGGGGGAGAGGCCCUUCAGCUGCCCCGAGUGCAGGAAAGCCUUCAGGGAUUCCUCCUCUCUGCUGAGGCACCAGCGGGUCCACACUGGGGUGAUGCCCUUCAGCUGCCCCAAGUGCAGGAAGACCUUUAUCCAGGUCUCUGGACUGCUAAACCACCAGUGUGUCCACACGGGGGAGAGACCUUUCAGCUGCCCCGAGUGCAGGAAGGCCUUCAGCAAUUCCUCCUCUCUGCUGAGGCACCAGCGGAUCCACACUGAGGAGAGGCCCUUCAGCUGCCCCGAGUGCAGGAAGGCCUUCAGCAAUUCCUCCUCUCUGCUGAGGCACCAGCGGAUCCACACUGAGGAGAGGCCCUUCAGCUGCCCCGAGUGCAGGAAGGCCUUCAGCAAUUCCUCCCACCUGCUGAGGCACCAGCGGGUCCACACUGGGGAGAGGCCAUUUAGCUGCCCCGAGUGCGGGAAGGCCUUUACCCGCUCUUCCCACCUGCUGAGGCACCAGCGUGUCCACACAGGGGAGGGGCCCUUCAACAAUUCCUCCUCUCUGCUGAGGCACCAGCGGGUCCACACGGGGGAGAGGCCCUUCAGCUGUCCCGUGUGCAGGAAGACUUUCAGCAAUUCCUCCACCCUGCUGACUCACCGGCGGGUCCACACUGGGGAGAGGCCCUUCAGCUGUCCCGAGUGCGGGAAGGCCUUUACCCGCUCCUCCCACCUGCUGAGGCACCAGCAGGUCCACACAGGGGAGAGGCCCUUCAGCUGCCCCGAGUGCAGGAAGACUUUCAGCAAUUCCUCCAACCUGAGGACUCACCGGCGGGUCCACACUGGGGAGAGGCCCUUCAGCUGUCCUGAAUGUGGGAAGGCCUUCAGCAAUUCCUCCGACAGGCUGGCCCACCAGCGGGUCCACACUGGCGAGAGGCCAUUCCCCUGCCCCAAGUGUGGGAAGGCCUUCACCCGCUCCUCCAACCUCCAGAGGCACCAGCGAGUUCACGUACCAUCGCAGGGGGAUUGAAGGAGUGAAGGCUGAAUGUCAUUAUUCACUGGACUAUCAGCCCAGCUCCCGGGACUUCCGGGUUUGAAUCCCGCUGCGGCAGAUGGCACUAUACAGGGUAUGGGUUGAAAUUGCUGAGUGAGACAAUGCUUCCUCUGGGUUACGGCUGUACUAAGGAUCCAAUUAGAAAGGGACAUCUCGGUGCUGACCAAUAGUGAAGACAGUGAGGUUGGGUGGGUGUAUAAGCGUGAGUGAGUGUGCUUUAUCUUGAGCUGUUUAAAAAGCAGCUACUUUUUCUCUGCCUUUUUGCUGAGGGGGAUUUGAAGCUUUGACAAGGUUGGGUCACAAUAAAGGUGAAGUGAACUUAA